UUAGCAAUCAUUGAUUCAAGACAUUUUAUUUGUUUAGUUAUGAUUUAUUUUUAAACCUGUAUAAUGGCGAGUGAUUUUGAGAAGGGAAACUUUGGCGAUAGUGUCCAAAAUGAUCACUUGAUAGAUUUGAAUGCAAAGCAGUCAAAUCACGUUUUUGAUGGAGCUGGUGAGAAUAUACAUUACCACAGUGACUCCGAUUCUCAGGGGUCGCGAAAGAGUAAGACUCGUUAUAUAAACCCUGCCAUAUAUAUAGAAACAGUAGAAGCGUCCCGCUCGGUGACGUCACUACACACUGAUGGAUCGUGUAUAGAAGUGACUCCUCACCCACAUAGCACGUACCGCAGUAAUUCUACCCCUUUUCUGAGCGGACGCAACUUGAGUUCGGAAUCCUCUACUAGUAUUCAGAGGAAGUCUUGCCGACUGCUUGAGAAAGAUCACGGGUCUGGCGACGAAGAAGGCGAAGACACGCCACGUAAUAAUCGCACGUAUCGUGAAGAUGCACAAGACACCUUUAGAUUGUCAGUUGCUUCGUUGUCUACUACAACCACAACUAAGGAAGAACGGGAACGCAACGAAAAGAGAAGACAGGAGGCGUUUAAGCAGUGGCUUGAACGGAAGGAACAAGAAAGACGCGAAAAGCUUCGCCUCGAAAAGCUGAAAAACCAGCCUGUGCCUACUACGAGUCCGGAACAACGCGAGGAGUCGUACCGCCGGUGGCUCGAGCGAAAGCGGACGCAGAAUGAGCGCCGGCGAGCGGAAGACAUCAUGAGACGUUACAGAGAGAACGAGCGAUUAGAGCGGGAGCGCAUCAAGCGGGAGCAGGACCGCUGCGAGAAACUUAACGAGUGGUUCCGUAAGAAAGAGGAGGACAUCAAAGCAAUGAAAACUCGCGAAGAGCGCAAGGCCGCUCGCGCUGCGCUGGAGGAAGAAAAACGGCGCGCCAAUGGCGACCGCGCCUUCCGCGAUUGGCUGCGCACGAGCAAGAACAAACCGCUGCCAGUCCCGCUCAACCAGGGAGAGCUCAGCAUGCGCGGCUCUGUAUCCCAAAUGUACAUCAACCCGAUCCCUUGGCAGUCUCCAACAUGACUGAUGCUCAACUUGCCAAAUACCUUCACUAAAGAACCUCGGCUAAAUGUUUUAAUCUUUAACUAUUAUGUAGUUUUGACGACAUUUGUCAUUAAUGUGUACUAUCAAAAUCAAGAAGAUUGUGUCUUAUUAAAAUUCUUUAUGCUAUUAAUUAGUCGAAUAUAUUUUAGAGUAAAUUUUAAUUUUUAG